AGAGACAUAGUAAUGCUUGAGAAUCAGCUUCCCUUGUUUGUUCUGAGAGAGAUGUUGGAGUUCAAGUUCACAUCGUUAGAAGUUGCAGACGACUUACUGUUUUCAAUGGCCGUAGGAUUGUUCAAAGAACUUUCUCCUUUCAAGCUGAUGGAGGAUUAUCCAAAUGUCCAAGUCUCAGGAAUUCUUAAAGUGCCUGUUGAAUCCUUCUUCUUUUCCUUGCUAGAUAAAGAACAAGAAAACCCAGAAAAUGGGGAUUCGAGCUCAAAUAGUCUCAAUAAUAAACCACCAUUAGUGGAGGAAAUUGCUAUUCCAUCAGUUUCAGAACUCUUAGACGCAGGGGUUGGUUUCUUACCCACAAAUAAAGGCAUAUCAAGCAUUAAUUUUGAUGCAAAAACGCGCACAUUUCACCUUCCCACCAUUAGUCUAGACGUCAAUACUGAGGUGGUGUUGAGAAAUUUAGUUGCAUAUGAAGCAUCAGCAGCAUCAGGUCCGUUGGUUUUGACACGGUACACUGAACUGAUGAACGGGAUUACAGAUUCUGAGGAGGAUGUGAAGAUACUAAGAGCACAAGGGAUUGUUCUGAACCACUUGAAGAGCGAUGAGGAGGCUGCUAAUAUGUGGAACGGGAUGAACAGUUCAAUAAGAUUGACCAAGGUGGCAUUUUUGGACAAAGCCAUUGAAGAUGUGAACAAGUACUAUAAUGGAAGAUUAAAGGUGAAAGCUUGGAAAUUAAUGAAGCUUUAUGUGUUCAGUUCAUGGCAGUGCUUCACAUUCCUGGCUGCCAUCUUGCUCUUGCUCUUGAUGACCUUGCAAGCCUUCUGCUCUGUUUAUACUUGCAGUCGCAUAUUUCAGGUGGAUAAUACUGAUGAAAUUUCUCUUCUUCUUGUUUUCUUGGGUUGA